AUGUUAAUCAUUAUAUUAGCUGCAGUACUAUGUCCAGUACUAUGCGUUGUCGACCAACAGUAUGCUAUGAAUUAUUUACACCGGUUCGGGUACGCAAAUGAAAAUGAUUUGACUAAACUUGAGGAUUAUUUGUUGAGUUUUCAAGAAAGAUAUAAUAUCCCUGUAACGGGAGAAUUAGAUGAAAAUACAAUUCAACUUCUAAAUAGACCAAGAUGUAAUGUGAGUGAAGCAGCUUCCGACGAUGAUCAUUCUUUUAGAGUUAAAUCAAAAUGGUCAAAAUUUGAUUUGAAAUGGUAUUUCCCUCAGGCAACUCCAGAAUAUCUUAAAGUAACCAAAAAGGCUUUUGAAGUGUGGAGUAACAGUUCAAAGUUUAAAUUUGAAUUAAUACACAAAAUACGGCCUUAUGCUCCCGAUAUAUCUAUUACAGUUGGACGGGGAAAGCACUAUUUUCGAGCAAAUUGCCAAGGUAGAGGUGAGUGCUCCAGUACAUUUGAUGGGCCCGGAAAGGUGUUGGCACAUGCUUAUUUCCCAAAAGGCAACAGUUGUAUAGAGCUUCAUAUUGAUGCUGAUGAGAAGUGGGAUUUAAGUUUGGAUGGAUCAAGUUCAGAAGAUCAGACUAGCCUACUUAUGGUAUUAAUUCAUGAAAUUGGGCAUAUUUUAGGAAUUGCUCACAGUGAUAUUGAGACAGCAAUAAUGUAUCCAUGGUAUCAAUUCAACAUUGCUCCUAAAUUGGAUGAGGAUGAUAAAAUGGCCCUUGAAGCUCUUUAUGGGCCAAUCAAUACAUAUGUAAAUAAUCCUUUCAAACCCACAUCAGCGCUGCACCGACUACAAAGACACUUGCACAUCAACCAAAUGAACCGGAUAAAAAUUUAUGCGACAUAA